AAGCAUAAGAAAGAAAGCAAAGCAAAAGGGAGAGAGUAUGUGUUGUGUUGUGUGUGUGUGGUAAGGUAAUAACCUUCCCUUCACUUUUCUCGUCGGAAUUUUCGUUCUUUCCUUUUACCGAUCACACCCCCUCGAUCCAAUCCAAAUAAUUAAUAUAAACCCUAACCCACCUUCUUCUUCUCAAUUCACUAUUCAAUUCGAUGGACGACGAUUACGCUUCCACCGAUGAAGAUUAUCAAUACUCCGAUCAAGACGUCGAAGAAGAAGAUUCCGUCGGUGAAUUCUACGAAAACGCCGACGAUUCUAUUCAGUUGCCCUCUUCUAUUGCUCCCGCUGCUCAGGUGAUUACGAAGGAAUCACUGAUAGUUGCACAGAAGGAGGACUUGCGCAGAGUGAUGGACAUGCUUUCUGUAAGACAAGAACAUGCACGCAUAAUGCUUAUUUAUCAUCGUUGGGAUGUGGAAAAAUUGUUUGAAGUUUAUGUAGAAAAAGGGAAGGCAUUUAUGUUUGCUCAGGCUGGUGUUAGUGUUGAUGAAUAUCAUGACUCUGGCUCGCUGGAUAGUGCUAUUGUUAUGUGUGAAAUCUGCAUGGACGACAUUCCCAGUGAUGAAGCAACAAGAAUGGACUGUGGUCACUGCUUUUGCAAUACAUGUUGGACACAGCAUUUCUUUGUCAAGGUAAACGAGGGUCAAAGUAAACGCAUCAGAUGCAUGGCUCACAAAUGCAAUUCGAUUUGUGAUGAAGCUGUUGUAAGAACUUUACUUGGUAGAAAGCACCCUGAUAUGGCAGAAAAGUAUGCACGCUUUCUUCUUGAAUCCUACAUCGAAGACAAUAACAAAGUUAAAUGGUGUCCGAGCACGCCACAUUGUGGGAAUGCAAUUCGUGUUGGGGGUGAUGAUGACUUGUGUGAGGUAGAAUGUUCAUGUGGUGAACAAUUUUGUUUUAAAUGCUUGUCAGAAGCACACUCCCCCUGUUCGUGUUUGAUGUGGGAGCUCUGGGAAAAGAAGUGUCGAGAUGAAUCAGAAACUGUUAAUUGGAUAACUGUUCAUACAAAAUCCUGUCCAAAGUGCCACAAACCGGUGGAGAAAAAUGGUGGUUGUAAUUUGGUUAGCUGUAUUUGCGGCCAAGCAUUUUGUUGGUUGUGUGGUGGAGCUACUGGCCGUGAUCAUACUUGGUCAAGUAUAGCUGGUCACAGCUGUGGUCGCUACAAAGAACAAGAGAAAUCAGCUGAGCGGGCAAAGAGGGAUCUCUAUAGGUACAUGCAUUAUCAUAACCGGUAUAAAGCUCACACAGAUUCCUUUAAGCUUGAAAGUAAACUGAAAGAUAUCAUACAAGGGAAGAUUUCUAUUACGGAAGAAAAACAUUCUGGACGAAAAAAAACUGAACUCAAUGAUUAUAGCUGGGUAAAUAAUGGACUCUUGAGACUUUUCAGAUCUAGACGCGUCCUUUCAUAUUCAUAUGCGUUUGCAUUUUAUAUGUUUGGAGACGAGCUUUUUAAAGAACAAAUGUCAGAAGCUGAAAGGGAAAUGAAACAGAACUUAUUUGAGGAUCAACAGCAGCAGUUAGAGGCAAAUGUUGAAAAACUUUCUAAGAUUUUGGAGGAGCCUUUCGACACCUUUAAAUAUGCUAAGCUUAUGGAGAUAAGGAUGCAGAUAAUAACUCUGUCUGCACUCAUUGAUGAUCUUUGUAAAAAAAUGUAUGAGUGCAUCGACAAUGAUUUAUUAGAUUCUAUUAAUCUCGGUAGUGUCCACAGUAUAGCACCAUAUAAAUCAAAGGGCAUAGAGAAGGCUUCAGAGCUUCCGGUUUGUUGGAGCAAUAAAGCUGACAAUACGGUUUGACUUUGUGGAUGCUCAGAAAUGUUACUGAGUGAAAAGGAUUCUUGUAUAUAUGCUGCAAGCGUAGGUGUAACAGCAGAGCUUAAUCAGUCAGAAGAGAGUGGAUGUUCUUCUCGUAAGCGUGCCAGAAAAGAAGGUGGCUUUUUUGAUCUAAACUUGCCAGCUGAAGUUGUAGACAGAAAUUGACUUUGAAGGAGACUUUAUAUACAUCAUAUAGGCGUACAGGUCUAACAUAAAUUGCUUUGCUGCUUUUGAUGGGAUGAAUCAACCAUUUUGGAUUUCACAUUCAUGCAGUUUACCUGUCUCCCCGAGAUAUGUUUCCAAAGGACUUCCGUGUUCCUCCUUUUUGCUUGUACAUAGCCUUGGGGCAUUUAUUUACACCAGUAGAUUAUACAAAUGUCUACUGGGGUAUCUAGAGGACAAUUUUUAGGAUAAGUUUUUAUUUCUAUCUUACUAUGGAGUUCAAGUGAAGGUAACUUCGCCAAUUUUUCUCUUUUUUGGUAACUUUGACAUAAUAAUUUUCCUUUUUUUUUUUUUUUUGGACUCAA